CCAUAUGAAAAUCAAGGUGUCAGCACAAUUUUCACAUCAAUAAUCUCUUGCUCCCGCCGCUCACGCCUUCUUUGUUCUUCAGUUCUCUACACUUCGCUUCAUGGCCACCUCCAGGAGGCUUAGGGCAUUCAAGCGAUGGAUGGCAUCCCGGGGUUUUGAAGUCAGUGAUGGCCUGGAGUUCGUAGACGAUCCAGAAAAUGGAAUUGCGGUGAGAGCUUUGCGCCUAUUGAAGGAAGGCGACGUUGUUGCCAGAAUACCAAAGGAUGCUUGCCUGACGGUUAAGACUAGUGGGGCGCGUCAAAUGAUUGAAGACGCUGAUUUGGCUGGUAAUCUGGGAGUAGCAGUGGCUCUGAUGUAUGAGAGAAGCUUGGGCGAGGAGUCACCCUGGACCGGCUACCUUCAGCUUUUGCCUCACCAAGAGUGCCUGCCAUUAGUGUGGACUCUGAACGAAGUAAACGAGCUUUUGAGUGGAACUGAGCUACAUAAGACAGUGCAAGAGGACAAAGCUCUUAUGUAUGAGGACUGGAAAGAGAAUAUUCUGCCGGUAUUGGAUUUUGCACCUUCAAAGCUUAACCCAAAAUUUUUUGGUGUAGAAGAAUAUUUUGCUGCAAGAAGUCUUGUUGCUUCGCGAUCUUUUGAGAUAGAUGAUUACCAUGGAUUCGGCAUGGUUCCCUUGGCAGACCUAUUCAAUCAUAAAACAGAUGCCGAGGAUGUGCAUUUCACUGCUGUAUCGUCAAACUAUGAAUCUGACAAUGAUGUUGAUGGAAAUGAGUGUGUCACUGAUGAAGAAUUGGCUGAAAAUUCUUCUAUAGAUGAGACUGAGUUGGGUACAGCUCUUAUUGGGAAAUGCAGUGGUAGCAACUUGGAGUCAUCUUCAGUUGUGGGAGAUGAUCCUUCAAUGUUGGAGAUGAUUAUGAUAAAAAAUGUCAGCAUUGGAGCUGAGGUAUUCAACACUUAUGGGUCAAUGGGCAAUGCUGCUUUACUUCAUAGAUAUGGAUUUACUGAGCAAGAUAACUGCUAUGAUAUUGUGAACAUUGAUUUGGAACUGGUGCUUCAGUGGUGUUCUUCUUUGUUUUCAGCUCGAUAUGCUCGAGCAAGAGUCUCUCUCUGGAGAAGGCUGGGCUAUUCGGCAUGUGUCAGCCAAAACUCAGAAUAUUUUGAGAUAUCAUCUAAUGGAGAACCACAGACUGAACUCCUGAUGUUAUUGUACAUUAUUUUAUUAUCAGAAGAUGCACACCAUAAGUUAGACAUAUCAGUGUCGAUUGCAGGAAAUAUUCAUGAAUCAAGUGAAACUUCUCUUUCAGGAGACUGCAAUAUCUUGACAAAGAAAACAUAUGAUAUGAGUAGGAAAUCCUUGCUGACUAGGAAAGUUUGUGGUGCUUUGUUGUCUGUUGCUGAUAUGCGUGAAAGUCUUUAUGGUCUGAACUCAAUAGAAGAUGAUAUUGAGACAUUAGGGAGGUGUGAUUGUGUUAGAGAAAGAAAGUUGUUCCAUUCUUUGGUGCUGCGCGUUGGUGAAAGGAAGAUCCUUGAAAAGCUCAGAAAUUUUGCCGCCCAGCCAUUUAGAACUGGUAAACGAAAUUCUGCAAGGAAGAAAAUGAAAAGCAGAAGAAAGUAAAAUUCUUAACUUUUCUUGCAGUGUUUCUUCUAUUUUAUUUUGCUACAUUUGACAUCAUGAGAGGAGCAAAGCUGCCUCACAUUUUGUGGCUUGUUUGAUUUACUCUUUUCUUUUGCUUUUUUUUCUUCUUCAA